GUGACACCAGCUGAGACAGGAGGAGCAGAGGAGGAGAGACAGAGCGAGGCUGGGACGGAGGGAGACGCACGUCGCCAUGGGCUGCUGCAACCGAACCUGUGGACUGAUCGCACUGGCCGCCGUCGGCGCCGUGGUGGCCGUCGUCGGAGCCCUCCUGAUUCCGCUGGGGAACUGGGUCAUCGAGAGCACGGUGGUGAAGGAAUCCGUGAUCGAGCCCGGGACGACGGCGUAUGACAACUGGGUGUCCACAGGGGCGGCGGUCUACCGACAGUUCUGGUUCUUUGACGUGCAAAAUGCCGCUGACGUGGUGAAGAACGGCUCGGCCCCAGAGGUGGUGCAGCGGGGACCCUACACGUACAAGACCAGGUUCCUCCCGAAGGAAGACAUCACCAGGAACUCCAACUUCACCAUCAGCUUCGUGCUGCCGCCGGGCGCCAUCUUCGAACCCUCCAUGUCCGUGGGGCCGGAGGAGGACAACAUCACGUCCCUGAACCUGGUGGUGGCUGGGGCAUACGGCACUCUUCCACACUUCUUGGUGGAGAUUCUGAUCAACGCCAGCAAGGCCUCCUUGUUCCACCGGCGGACAGUGAAGGAGCUGCUGUGGGGUUACUACGACCCGAUUCUGCGAGGAACGGUGGGCCUCUUCGUGACGAACAACGACACGGUUGACGAACUCUACAACGUCUUCACCGGGAAGGACGACAUCUCCAAAGUGGCGAUGAUCGACCGAUGGAGAGGCGAGCGGAACCUGACCUUCUGGGACGACCCGUACUGCGACAUGAUCAACGGGACAGAUGGCUCCUCCUUCGCUCCAUUCGUGGACAAGAACGUGCCCCUCUACUUCUUCUCCUCGGACAUCUGCAGGUCUGUGUCCGCCAGCUUCAAGGAGAGUCUGGAUCUGAGGGGGAUCCAAGUGUAUCGAUACAGCCUCCUGGAGUCGACCCUGGCGUCCCCCAACGUCAACCCAGACAACGCAUGCUUCUGCAAAGACCAGCUGACCACCAAGAACUGCACCCUGGCUGGAGUCCUGGACAUCCGCACCUGCCAAAAUGGGAAGCCCGUCUACAUCUCCCUGCCACACUUCCUGUACGGGAGCAAGUCCCUGCAGGACAACAUCGUCGGCUUGAAUCCAGUCGAGGAGGAGCACUUCACCUACCUGGACGUGGAGCCUACCACCGGCUUCACCCUGAGGUUCGCCAAGAGGAUCCAGGUCAACAUGAUGUACGGCCCGUCCAAGGUCAUCAAGAUUCUGAAGAAGGUCAAGAACUACACCAUCGUCCCUCUGGUCUGGCUGAACGAGACAGCCGAGCUGGACGAGCCGACGGCCCAGAUGUUCAAGACGGAGCUCUUCUCCAGGAUCGAGCUGCUGGACGUGAUCCAGAAGACGCUGAUCGGGGUGGGAGUGGCCAUGUUCGGCGUCUCGCUCAUCAUGCUGUUGAUCUGCCGGAGGCGACUCCGAGGCCAUAAGUUAGCCUGAGCGCUCUGCAACGUCGGUGCUGCCAAGCUCAAAAAGCCAAACACAAAAACGCCCAUUUUUUUUUACAAGGACUUGCACUUUUUUUGUAAUUUCAGUGUUAUUUAAGAAGGAAUUCUCGCUGGUGUGGGAGACGUACUGUGAUUUUGAGAACGUCAGUAGUACUGCUAUCGUCGCCAACUCAGUCUCAAUCAGGGAUCACAGACAGAAGAGCCAGGCUUCGACGACUUUCCUUUGUCCAUAACAUGCCUCGCUACGUGAGCUGUCACCGCACACAGAUGCUCCUGGACAUUCUUCAACGCUUCAAGUAUAAAUAAAGGCUGAUAAAGACUUUUUCCACUCUGGACUCCGUUCACUGCCUUUCAGCUUCACUGAAGUACAAACAAAGCAUUGUUCUUCACCAGGAGAAACUCUCCAUCACCUGUGAGAGGGUUGAGAAAGUAGGGACGACCUCAGACCUCUGCUAGUCAGGAUCAUCCGUACUUUGUGCCACUGCAUUACCACUUCAUUCCUCAGGUGGUUUACCAUGUGCAUCAGCUCCGGAACGAAGAUGCCUCAGCGUUGUGAACGGCCUGGCGGGAGGAAUGGAAUCGACCUGUCUGACUAUUAAAGUCAAGCCACCCGCCGCUACAUCAGGACCUCCUGCUUUCACACAUGACAUGACCUGCACAGAAGCCAGAGCAAGUGCGUGGUGUGGGACUCCCAGUGGAACAAGUGUCCACAAGACCACGGCUCAAAAUGAACAAACAUAAUGAAUCCCUUUUCUGUGAAUUACAAUGUUUCACGUCUUGAUUCCUGAAAAUUGAUUUGACUCCUGAAAUUAUUAA